AUGGACUCCACAUCAGCUGCUGAUAACAUAAGGGAAGAUGCUGUGAGCAAGGUUUUGGGAAAAGACAAACCUGGACGAGUAAGGGGCUUUGGUAGAGGGAUUACAGCUAAUAAGCUAGCAUAUCUGCAAUUUAGAGACGCUAAGAUUGCAGAAAUGAAAAGUGAGAUUGAAGAGUUAAAGGGGAUGGUGCGAGAAUUAGCUGAGAAGAAGAAAAGUAAUGUUGAUGCUGAAACAUCUGAGAGUAGUGGUGGAUUCAAAGAAGGAGUCAGAGUACAAAUACUGGAUUGGAUUGAAUCAGAGGAUGUUGUUGUUGGUGAAGGAGAAUUCUGCUCUGCUGAACCGAAGUACAAAAUUGGUCGUAUACCAAUUGGUCCUAAUGCAGUGGCUAUCGUAGUUAAGUAUGCACUAAGCGCAUCAGCUUCACUCUGGAGGCCUACUACGGAUGUGUUAACUCUUGAUGAAGCUGUGGGAUACAAGAUAUCUUGGCCAAUGGAUAAAGUGAUUUUGGAUAAGGAUCCAAACUGUUCUGAAGAUUUAUCUAUGCAAAGCAAGGAAGGUGAAUAUCGAAGAUGCAAGAUAUAUGAUUGGACCAAUGAUGAGGACGAGGUCAUUUCUGAAGGUCUCGUGUGCUCUUCAAAAUCCAAAGACAUGGUUAACAACAUACCUCUGGGUCCCAAUGCUGUUAGUGUCGAAGUAGUGAAGGUGUUCAAUGAUCAAGCAUAUUUGUGGAGGCCAACCGCUGAUAUGUUCUUGAUUGGUGAUGCACUUAGCGAGAAAAUAGCAUGGCCAGUCCUAAAGGUUGAAGUCAUGCCUACACCCGCUACAGAAGUAACACCAACUAAAUGUGCAGGGAAGAAAAUAGCAUCACCUUCGAAGCCAGCCAAGAAAAAAGCAGUGAGUCCAGGCAGCACUAGUUCGACCAGAAGUCCGAAGCAGAAGUGCACUCUCUUGGAUUGCAACAACUCUGGACGUAAGGUAGCUGAAGGAAGGGUAGCUUCAACGGAUCCGAAUGAGUUGUGCCACUUUGUACCCCUAGGUCCAAAUGCAAGCAAGGUGUGGAUUGAUGUGGCUAAGAUCGGUGAUGCAAAAGUCUGGAGGCCAAAUUCAGAGAUUGAAUACAUAUCUGAUGCAAUGGGUUCGGUUGUGGCAUGGCCAAAUGACAAAAUCAAGUUUGUCUAAAAUUGUCGUCUGAAACAUUUUUCAAGUUGGUUCUCAUCGGCUAUGUAUUUCUAGUGUGUGAUCGAAUGUUUAGGUACUUUUUUACUCGGUUGAAAUCAUGUAUGAUAUUAUGUAACAGUUAGCAGACAAAAAAACAAAAAUUAUGUGUUAUAUUAUGAUAUAAGGUUAUGUGUGAAAAUGUUUAGCUUGUUAACCCCUAUACCCUUAAGUGCAUAAUUUUACAUUAAACCAUAAGCUUUAAAAAUUAAAUCCACAGACGGGAAGACCAAAAAUUAAAAUC